AUGGUCUUGAUGACCCCAGCUUCAACAUCAACUUUCCUGCACUGUGGGGUAGCCACUAAGGGGUACAACCCCUUUAGGGUUUGGUAUUUGUAUCUCAUGUUUUCCUUAGUUAUCCAUUCGAUCCUAGUCUUUUCAACAUGGUUUCAGAGUGGGCAAGCGACAGCAGAGGACACCGAGCGGCAGAAGAAGGAGAGGAAGCAGGAGGAAGAGCGUCGGGCAAAGGAGAUGAGAGAGGGGAUAAAGGAGGUGGUGAGGAAGGAGAUGAAGGCGGGGAUGAAGGGUAUGUUAAACCUGGUGGUAGAGAGGGAGACAGCGGUUCUGCGAGAGGAUUGCGAGCGGCAGACCAAGGCUAGACUGGAGGAGGCGGAGCGGCGGCAAAAUGAUGAGGCGUCCAGAAAGGAAGUAGAGGACGUUGAGCGACAGAAGAGGAAGAAACAGCAGCUUGAGGACCGGCGGAAGGAGGAAGAGGCAAAGAGAGCGGAAGCAGAGCUCAGGGAGCGGCGGAAGAAAACGAAACUGCAGGACGAAGAGCGGCGGCAGAAGAAUAUGGAGGAGGGCAUGAAGGGCAUGAAGGACGUGGUGAAGGAGAUCAAGGCGGGUAUGGAGGAGUUUAAGGAGGGGAUGCUAAGGGAGGUGGAAAAUAGGUUGACAGCGGUUCUGGGAGUGGACUACGAGCAGUUGAAGAGGGAGAGACAGCACGUGGAGGAGCAGCGGCACAAGGAGGCGGCAAAUAGGAAGGAAGCAGAGGACGCCGAGGCGGUUGAAGAGGCGCAGGUGCAGGCAGAUGCAGAGGGGCAGAAGAGGGCGGAUGCAGAGGCGCAGAAAAGGGCGGAGGCUGAAGCGCAGAAGAAGGCAGAGGCAAAAGCGCAGAAAAAGGCGGCGGCAGAGGCGCAGAAAAAGGCGGAGGAAGAGGCGCAGAAGAAGGCAGAGGCAGAGGCGCAGAAGAAGGCAAAUGCAGAUAGGCAGAAGAAGGCGGAGGAAGAGGCUCAGAAGAAGGCAGAGGCAUAUGCGCAGAAGAAGGCGGAUGCAGAGAGGCAGAAGAUGGCGGAAGCAGAGGCUCAGCAGAAGCUGGAGGCAGAGAGGCAGAAGAAGGCGGACGCAGAGAGGCAGAAGAAGGCGGACGCAGAGAGGCAGAAGAAGGCGGAGGAAGAUGCUCAGAAGAAGGCGGAGGCAGAGAAGCAGAAGAAGGCUGAGGCAGAGGCGCAGAAUAAGGCGGAGGUAGAGAGGCAGAAGAAGGCUGAGGCAGAAGCACAGAAAAAGGCGGCUGCAGAGGCGCAGAAGAAGGCGGAGGCAGAGGCGCAGAAGUAUGCGGAGGCAGAGGCGCAGAGGAAGGCGGAGGCAGAGGAGGCAGAGCGGGAACAAAGGGGAAGCGGGUUCUCUCAUAGAGGCGAGGGAGCACUGCUCAAGUGGACGUCGGAGCAGACGGUCGGCGGCAGGAACAAGAACCUCAGCUCGCACAAAUCCGUGUGGGAGAGGGGCUACACAGUCGCAAUCUGCUGGAAGACCUACUUCCAGAAUAUUUACAUGGUGGCGUACGGUAUGAAUCCAAGCCGUUUAUCCAAGUGGCGCGAAGACUUGGAAUUCACAACAUGGAUUCCAACGGGAGUGUGGAGCAUCCUCAACGAACUCCACCUCGACAAGCCCGACAGAUUCUCCCUCGUGCAAACCAACACAGCCGAGAGGAAGGCGAAGAAGGAUAGCUUCCAGGUAGCUUUCUGCGCGGGUGUUGGGAUAACAGCAUGGCAGAAGAACGUGGGUAGCGUCGACGGAGUGGACGGGUAUUCUGCCGAAGAACACGCGGUCGGUCUAGCAGCCACAUUGUCGGUAAUAUGGGAUGCCUCGACGAAUGUGGAGCGAGGCCAGUGGCAGACGGGCGCAUCAUCUGCUGCUCUGGCAACUUCUACCACCAUCGCAUAUUAUGCUGCCCGCGCGGUGCCUGCUGCCACCGCCACUUCUGCUGCCACAGCAUUGUCUGCUGAGCCCUCAACUUCUGCUGUACCCUCAUAUUCUCCUGCCUGCGAGACUUCUGCCGUCCCUACUGCCCUUGCGUCGCUUGCUGCAUCGGUUGCUUGCAGGUAA